AUGACACCCACCGUCCAAAAUGGACACACAAAUGGCGAUCUUAAUCAUAUUCGAACUGAAGUAAGUCGUUUCCUGCAAAAAUUUUUGCAAACAUUUCCAAAAUUCGUAGUCUCUUUGUCUUCUUUUGGCACUUUGAUUACAUAAAAACCAUUACUAAUGACAUGAAUUUUCAGUAUCAAGAAACCGGUACGACCAGGACACGAUCCAUGGAUUCGGAUAAAAUCGUGGCCUGGGAGCCGAGUCCGGACGAAAAAGAUAUCAUAAAACAGACUUGGAGCGAUGACUUUACCUUCCUUUACGAAUUGGGAUCCAACAUCUAUGUCUAUAUCUUCAAUCACAACCCCGAAGCAAAACGAUUAUUCCCAACGAUACAUCAGCAUGGCGAAAAAUACCGGGAAUCCAAAGAGUUCCGAUCACAGGCACUCAAAUUCGUGCAGGCCAUCUCCCACACAGUCAAGAACAUCUACCACAUGAAUGAUUUGGCGCCGUAUCUCUAUGAUAUUGGCCGAAGACACGUCAAAUUCGCUGCUCGAGGCUUCAAACCCGAGUAUUGGGACCUGUUCUUGGUAGGUGAAUGUCUUGGUUUACUGAAUUUUCGAAUUCUAGGAUGCCAUGGAAUUCGCGUUGACGGAUCACAUCACCUCGCUUAAGACCAUCGAUGAUGAUGAACAGAGGGCCAAAGCUCUGCAAGUUUGGCGACGAUUGGCCUUCUACAUCAUCACCCAUCUGAAACGCGGCUUCUUCGCCGAAUUGGAUGCUCAAAACGGGAAAUAG